AUAUUCCUGCACACACGCAUACACACUCGCCGCUUUUAACGCGCGUGGGCGUAGCUAGCUGGUUCUGGAUCACACACACGUAUAUAGCUCUCCGGCUCACGGAGAUGAGAAAAUUAGAGUGAAAAAAUCGCCUGGAUAUAUUUAUGUUGACGAAACGUGCUGCUGUUUUUGCAGGAUUUCAACAUACGGCAUAUCUGUGAAUCGUGCUGCAGCUUUUCCAAGAUUUCUGGACACAACAGGAUCUUACAGUUCUGAAUCAGUUGGUGACUCUAAAAAGAUAUCAAGAGCGGAUUAAUUUUAUCCUGCUGGAUGGACUUUUCAUAGAUUAAAUCGUGUUCAUACCCAAGAUCUCAUUAUCAUCUCGCCUGGUAAAAAUUGGACGGACAAAAGAUUGUGAUGCCGAAGAUGAAUCGAUAAAGUUGUCAAGUGUGUGCAUUAGUCCAAGGGACCAGCCCUCCAACCAGCAGCUGGACAUGGAUAACCUCCCCUUGACUUGAUCCAGAAAUAAUGAGAAGCUGUCAACAGAUGUCGCUAUGGCGUAUCAGUGGCAAAAACUAAGUCCAGCUCAAUUCCACCAGCUUCAGGAGUACACCUCGUAUUCUUCUCGUAAACUAAAAGAUGUGCUGGAAGAAUUCAACGGCGAUGGUGUACUGUCCAAGUACAACUCUGAAGGGCCAAUCGGAUAUGAGGGUUUCAGUCUAUUUAUGGAGACGUACCUUGAUGCAGAAGUGCCGGAGGAACUAUGCAAACAUCUGUUUCUGUCAUUUAUGAAGAAACCGUCGCCACAGACAGGCACUGUGGGUAAGGAAUUCCAUGUUAAGGAUGUUGCUGCGGUUACCGCAUCCCAAACCCUAUGUGCCCCCAUCAAUGCCCAUAUCGGCCCCGAAUUCCAUUUGGAACGGGCUGAAAAACAUCAUGGAUUUGCAGAAAAACUUCACGGACUCACAGAGAAACUACAACUUCAUAGCCUAACAGGGCACAGUCGUCAUGAUAGCGGGGAUUUGGGGCGCCGUAGCGGAGCAGGGUCGGCAUCUACAUCGACCCAUCCCUCUGUAACAAACAAUCCGGGGACGGAAAAAGCUCCAGGGGAAACUGACCCCGCCUCGGAGGGCAUCAACCAUUCACGCUCAUCCUCAAAGAAAUCCAACCACAGUGUCCAGACACAGCACAAUGGUCACUCAAUGGACUCCAUUGACCCCUGGGUGCGACAGUCCAAUUCCAGCCUACUGCGGGCCAGUACUGCUGUGGAACUCAAGUCUGUACGUAACAGGUCGACCAGCGCCGACAUCAAGUCCGGCCAUAUAUAUUUGAAGGACCUAGUGUGCUACCUGUCUCUCCUGGAGGCUGGCCGACCCGAGGACAAGCUUGAGUUCAUGUUCCGUCUGUAUGAUGCUGAUGGUAAUGGCCUGCUGGACUCAAGUGAGCUGGAUGCCAUUGUUAACCAGAUGAUGUCUGUGGCUGAGUACCUUGGUUGGGAUGUGUCCGAGCUCAAACCUAUUUUACAGGACAUGAUGGUAGAGAUAGACUACGACUCUGAUGGCACUGUCACACUAGAGGAGUGGAAGAGAGGAGGAAUGACCACGAUACCCCUCCUUGUUCUACUAGGUCUUGACUCGAAUGUAAAAGAUGAUGGGAACCACACCUGGAGGCUGAAGCAUUUCAAUAAGCCUGCCUACUGUAAUCUUUGUCUCAACCUACUGGUGGGGCUGGGCAAGCAGGGAUUGUGUUGUACAUUUUGUAAAUACACUGUACAUGAGAGAUGUGUACAUCGUGCACCUGCUUCCUGUAUAACCACCUAUGUCAAGUCAAAGAAAACGUCACAGGCUAUGACCCACCAUUGGGUUGAGGGCAACUGUUCUGGAAAAUGUGACAAAUGUCGUAAAUCUGUAAAAAAUGGUGUAACAGGCCUUCACUGUCGCUGGUGUCAUACAACGUUACACAACAAAUGUGCAUCACAAGUAAAUCCUGAAUGUGACCUUGGAAUUAUGAGAGACCACAUUCUACCACCAACCUCUAUAUGUCCUGCUGUACUGGAAAGGCAAAGAGCGGGGUCGGCAGGAGGGAAGAACGAGAAGAAAGGAGUGACGCGGACAAACUCCACCACAUUUGACGUGUCUGGUAGCACGCCGGGUCAAAACUCAUUUCAAGUUACCCCAGUCCAAGGUAGUCAUCCUCUCCUUGUGUUCAUUAAUCCAAAAAGUGGGGGAAAGCAAGGUACCAAGAUUUUACGUAAAAUGCAGUACCUGUUGAAUCCGCGCCAAGUACAUGACAUGAUUAAACAAGGCCCGAUGCCAGGGUUACAGUUCUUCAAGGACGUGCCAGGAGUACGGGUGUUAGUGUGUGGAGGAGAUGGCUCAGUUGGCUGGCUAAUAGAAGCCAUGGAUAAGCUGAACUAUAAGGAACGACCUCCUGUGGCUGUGUUACCCCUAGGGACUGGCAACGACCUCGCUCGCUGUCUACGAUGGGGCGGAGGCUAUGAGGGUGAGAGCCUGAUCAAAGUCCUACAGAGGAUUGAGCACGGUACGUCAGUGAUGAUGGACCGUUGGCAGAUAGAGUUCAGCAAGCCUGAGGAGGGGGAGGAGGAAGAGGGAGACCCCAUUCCAUACAACAUAAUCAACAAUUACUUUUCCAUAGGUGUAGAUGCAUCCAUUUGUCAUAGAUUCCAUGUAAUGCGUGAAAGACAUCCUGAAAAAUUUAAUAGCAGGAUGAAAAAUAAACUGUGGUACUUUGAAUUUGGAACGUCCGAAACAUUUGCAGCAACCUGCAAGCAUCUUCAUGAAGAUAUAGAUAUUAUGUGUGAUGGGUACUCCCUAGAUCUGGCCAAUGGGCCCCGACUGGAGGGUAUCGCUCUACUCAAUAUUCCAAGCAUAUAUGGCGGCACCAAUUUAUGGGGAGAUAACCCUAGCCAGAAGAAGCGCCGGAAAGCACAGAAAGCAGCAAAAAAAGAAAAAGAGAAAGAAUUUUCCACAAGUAGCAUGUCAUCUGCGGAACUAGCCAUUUCAGUUCAAGAUGUCGGCGAUAGUAUGAUCGAAGUGGUGGGGCUGGAGAACAGUAUGCACAUGGGCCAAGUUGUGGCUGGACUUCGAGCCUCGGGUCGGCGUCUUGCUCAGUGUGGACAGGUUGUGAUCAGAACAAGGAAACGAUUCCCCAUGCAAAUAGACGGUGAACCCUGGCUACAACCUCCGUGUACGAUAAACAUCACUCAUAAAAACCAAGUCCCAAUGAUGAUGGGUCCCGCUUCCAACAAAAAGUCUUCACUUUUCAAAAUGUUCAAAAAAUAAAGAUAUCUUACCCAGUAUAGCCGUACAGAACGGAGCACACCAAUAAAACUAUGGCAGCAGUAUUUAUUUUGUUAACCGUCAUCAGUAACCUGAUGUUUCUCCAGUGUCCAACCUGUGACCACUCUCAUACUUCAUUGUCCGGCAAGUGGUCACUCUACCGAACCGUCGUGGUCACUGCCCCCCAGUGACCUACCAUGACCCCCAUCGUCCAGUUAAUGGUCGCUCUACCUCAGGUGACCAUUUCCAUAACUAUCGCGUCAGGCAGAUGUGUCCGAACCCAUCUGUAGCCGUUCCAGUAGCUGGUCGCAGUCGUCAGUUGAUCUGGCCUGACCACUCUUCCAUUGUGUUCAUUUACCUCAGUGGUAACUGCCCCACAGUGACCAUCACUCCAUCCCACAGUCUAUGGUCACCUCACGGAAUGACCAUAUCAUCUCAACAGCUUUCCGCUCCGAAAAAGAUGUCAGUAGAAUUGUGUAUUAUACAACAGACCUUCCGAAAGCUCCAGUUUACUCCCAGAAGUGCUGCCAGUCGAACCCAGAAGCUAUACAAACACAAGUAACAUAGUUCAGUUGCAGUAUUUUAUACAGAACGCCUGGCUGGACAUGCUACUAGCCAAGCUUAUGCUCGGUGAGUACAAGACUGGUGAUGUGAUAUUGAAGUACCAGAAUCGGUUAAAAUGUCCUCAACGUCUUCGAGAUAUCUAUUCAAGCGUGAUAAGCCCUACCACAUAUAACCUGAUGAACCACAGAACUUACCGCUGACAACCAUUCCCAGACAGAUCUAAGUAUAUCGGGAUGGUAUCUUUAACUAGUAGCCGGUUUGUCUUUGAUAAUUUAACAAGUGAAUGUGAAGUUAAUAUGUCAGAUACACCAGGUGACAAAUACGAACAAAUGAUUUUAACACCUAGAUCGAAUUUAACAGGUGCCAUUAGUUGCAGAGACCCCAUUUGAAUAAUGAAGACUACACCAUAUUUUAUCUUACCUGGAAAAGCAUAUUCUGUAGGUUAUAUUAUCAGAACAAAGUCAAAAUAAUCAGAUACCAUAUGAUUAAUAAAACAGUUGAAUCGUUGACCACUAAGCAUGUAAAUAGCAUUGAAGACCAUUAAUCCAGGAGCAUAGCCUGUUCAUCUUCUUCUGUAUCACAUCAGAUGGACCAGUUCGACUGAUCAACACAUAUAGUACUAGGAUUUACAAUGCGCCAUGAAAUGUUCUUAUCACAGCAAAUAGAGAAAGUGGCUCUCUUUUUCUGAUACUGUAGAAUAUUAUAUUAUAUUCUACAAAUAUUGUAUCCUUAUUUCGUACCUGAACCUUCUGUUUUCCUAUCAAACGUCUGUCAUGCGCGAAAAUGUUUCAAAACAUUUGGACUGCGUCGAAAGGCGGAUGUUGCCUAAUACAUUUCAUAUGAUAAAAGGUGUGCCCUGCUUUACCAAGAAUAUCAGCAUUGCAAAUGUUUUAUAGUUUAUCGUUUGGUGAUUCCGUUAUAAGAGGCCAUGUUGUCCGAUUCCAAGCUUUGUGUAUUGAACUACCAGUUUCCAUUUACUUUCCACUCUCUAAAUUUGGUUGUAAAGUUGAAUCACAAGUCUAUUUGCAACAAGUUUCCAUGUUUUGGGAAUAAGGGAAUAAAAGGUAAUUUUAUUUAAUAUCUCAUCUCUGUAUAAGUAUAUAUCCUCCUGCCACUUGUGGCACGAUUUCCCUCCUUCCUUCCCUUCUUCCUUCCUUCCGCAAUGAUGUCCCAGGUUCAGAAUUUUCUUUCUAGUGUUUCGUCUCACAAUUCUAGCUUUUCCCACCGACUUGGUUCAUCGUUUACUCGCAGACUUCGUUUCCUCUUUACCCUGUUUUAAUCUGAGUCUGCUAUAUAUAUAUAUAAGUCGGGUUUAAAACAGAAUUCAAUCCUAGGACGUGAUGACAAAAAAUUGAGUCUAACUGGGUCGGACUGAAACCCGAAACAAUGGUGGUUUCUUUAAAUUGUACCCCAGUUUGUCAACGUUAUACUACAUCCACCGAUUGUCAAUUACGAGAAGAUAUAUUUUCGUAGUCUUAUUAAAUUAUUUAACAUUGUUCACAAGACCACUUCGAGCUUACUCUGCUGUGGGCCGGUUAAAAACCAAAGAUUUUGCUCAAGUCAACCCUGUGGCCCCUUCGUUCAGUGAAUGGAAUUAACCGUCCGUCGUCAUGGAUACUACAAGUGGUCUUUAGGGGUGAAAGGGAUAUUAGUGUAGUGAAAAUUGAACACAACAAGCCUUUGUGUUUCACGCUCAUGUUGCUUUAAAUUGUGAUAAAGAUUUAUUAGAUAUAGGUGUGUUUAGAAUAGAGUUGUGUGGGGAACACAACUUCAGGGUAGUGUGAAUUAUAGAUUAGACAUACGUAGACAUUGGGUGAAUGGAUAGGGCAGAGGGUCAUCGCAUGGACUUAGGAUCAAGUUUAAUAUGUAUUUUUGUAAAACCUUUUUCUUAUAUUAAUCUAUUUGAAAAUGUUCACAAAGUCAUGGUUUUUUCGCUGCAAAAUUAACUAUGUUUGAGUUCAUAUGCAUUAAAAACAACUAUUUUUCUGUAAGAUAUCUUUCCAUUUAAAAUAAAAAGUAUUAUACGAAGGGAUAGUUUCGUUUGUGGUGAAGAUAGGAAAUAUUUUGUUUUUAGUGUUAGCUAAAAAUAAGCAUUAUGAUACAAAGUCUGGUGCGAGAGGUUCAGUAUUACGUCGCUGGGCCGCUCUUUUUAUACUUUUUAUAAUACAAUGCCUCAUACACAAUUGUAGAAAAGUUAAGUUUUAGCGUCUACAGAAACUCGAAAAGUUGAUCAUAUACAUAGCGUCCUGUGUGUGAAUUAUAUAAACAGGCGGUAUAUAUUGACCAAAGUGUCCAUUACGAUAAACGUUCUUGAAUUUCAGUUAUACAUGCACGUGGUUGUCCUAUAAUAAUGUUUUAUUCAAUUAUCUCUUAUUACUGCACAAUGGUUGAAUGAAUGUUGAUAGUGUUACAGUGAUAAUCAUGAAAUUCAAGAAUAUUUACCGAAAUCAUUUUUUCGUCUUCAUUUCUACAGAGAUAUUGUGCUUUGAGUUUGUGUGAAUAUGUGUUAUAUAUUAUUAUGAAUAUAUAUAAAUUGUUGUAAUAUCUAUAUACAUAUAUAAAGUAUAUAAUCUGUAUAUCUAUAUCUACCAAUGUAUAUAUUGCAUCUUUGUUUUCUAAAUAUUAAACGUUUGCUUUAUUAUACUUUCAUCUUUAAAUGUCACCGUGGAAACAAACACCCAGUAUUUAAAUAUAGAUUUAACCGAAAAUCCCGUUAUAUGAGUGUCUUGGUGUUAACGCAAACCACCAACACAACUGUUUGUUUGCAGAUAUUGUGGUAUGUUAUUGAACGUACUCCACAUUUGAUGUUCGAAAGGGAAACAAUAUAACAAAGUAUUAUUAUGUUUGUCUGAAAUAAAACGCUCAGCAGAUCUGUAGAUGUAUCGGAAUAUGAGAAAUAGGAUAUCAUACUUAUAGGCCAUUUAAUAGCAGAAAGUUCAGAAAUAUGUGGCAUGAUAACGAUUUAUAAGGAUAUAUAAUUCAACAGUUAUUCAAAAUUCAAAUACAACCAGGGUAUGUGAAUAUUGCGGUAACUCGAGGUAUUUAAGAUAUACACAAGUAUACAUAUGUGUAAUGUAAUGCCAUAUUUAUAUUGGUACAUGUUUAAUAAUGUUUUGAUAAGGAAGUUAUUAUUGUGCAAAAAAUGUCAUUGUUGACAACAGACAAACAGUGGUCAAAUUUUGAGUCCAAUAUGCUAGUAACGAAUUCUAUAUGAAUCUGAAUUAACUAUCGGCUAUCGGAUUCAGCCAUUUUACCGAUAAUAUCUUACUCUCUUUUUUUAUUUAUUUAUUUUGUUUCGUUAGUACUUCAUUAUUUUGUGGACUUACAGAGCAAGUCGUGUUUUUAAGAUUAACUAAGUUUAAUUUUUUGUAUGAUUGACCUCGAACAUUGGAAAAAAAAGUUGUUACUAAUGCGUUUCAUAAGUACCAUGCGAAAUAUAUAAUAGUUACAGCAUUUGAAUUUGUUACAGACACUCGCCAUUAUCUAAUGUUAAACGUGAUAUUUCCUUGUUUUGAAACUGUUGAAAUGCAUUGAUGAUACUUCAUGUACAAAAACAAGUAUUACGUCUGCAUUUGUAUUAUGAACUAAAAUGUGUAUACCGCGACCUCCAUCUGGUAUAGAUGUCGGUUGUUUUCAAUAGGACCAUGCGUUGUCACAAAAAUUUGGUCAAUGAGAGAAUCAGCGAUUUUGUACAAUACUGUAGGCGUACACACAACUAUAUAAUACUUUGGGGCGAUAUAACUUUACCGCUCCAUCAAAGAUUUACAGCAUAUUGAUGAAUUUGCGUUCGCAUAUUAUAAUAAAAAGCAAUAUACAAACACUACCAAAACAAUCAAUCACUGAUGGUAUUUCAGAGUGGUUACAGAGCCAGUCGAGUCGAAAUAAGAUUACCAGUAAAAUAUAUUUGUAUUAAAUGUGAUUUAAUGGCAGUCCGUUAAGGUAUUUUAUCUGAAUACUUGAUCAGAGAAAUACGUGCUCAAUAUUAAAUUAAGUUUCAGCGAUGCAAUGACAUUACAAUACAUAGAUCACUCGACAUUUGUAGUGGCGAGUAAUGUAUGCUUUGUUUUCAAUGAGGAACCACGUGUUACUCGAGAUCUACUCUUUCACAUUUAACCUUAUUGAUUGUAAUCUAAUCAUAAGACUGAUUCAUAGAAAAUACAGUUUUUAUAUUCAAUAAUGACAUCUCCUUAGGGAACCAGUAUAUUAAAGACUCUUUCUUUUAUAGUUCGUUGUAGCCAACAAAGAUUUUAUUGAUUAUGUUAAUAGUUUGAAAAUGUUUUAUUUUUCGUUUUGACAUAACAAGGAAAUCGUGUAUAGAAGAAAUGUUUAGUGAUUUGGUUUCCUGUGGUUGAUAAUGUUUCUUUAUUACGGUCUAUAACUGUGACGAUAUAAACUGUAACGAGUAUCAUCUCAUGUAUCGUUGAUAGUCUUCGCUAUUGAUAGUGACGUCACAAUGUAAUGAAAGCGACGUCGCAAGUCAUUUAUAGUGACGUCACAAUGUAAUGAAAUCGACGUCAAAAGGCAUGUAUAGUGACGUCACAAUGUAAUGAAAGCGACUUCGCAAGUCGUUUAUAGUGACGUCACAAUGUAAUGAAAGCGACGUCACAAGUCAUGUAUAGUGAAGUCACAAUGUAAUGAAAGCGACGUCAUAAGUAAGUGCCGUAAUAAAUUUUAUACCAUGGUGGGGAACAGGAAUGCCAUUGUGUGUAUGCUGGGAAGAUGAGUGCACGUCCCGGAUGGGGGUGUCUUACAGGUAUAUUAUGAUAAGGCACCUAAUACGUGUAUUAAGACACGUGACCUUAUUAAUAUGAUAAAACGCACCUUAGUACAUUACCAAUGAUGUUUUGUAAGUAUAGCGAUGUCAAGUAACUCGGAUAGGUUUGAAAUCCUCUGCCCCCCCUCUCAGUAUUUGUUAUACUAGCCAAAUGAUUAUAUUGGUAGCGUAUAUCUCAAUGUAAACGAUUUGAUCAUGGUUAUUUCUAUAGAUGUAAUCAUGAAUUCACAUGAAAAUAUACCAUUACCAAAGUAAUAAAAGCAUUAAGAUAGAUGGGACGCCCGUCCUAACCUCGGUCAACAGCCAAAAUUGUUAUAAGACACUAUGGCCAGCAUUGGCAGUACAGUGGACGAUUUAGCGUUAUAGUUUAAAGAAACCUAACCUGGCCUUUCAGAAACCUCGUGAUAUCUUUAUUUAUGUAAACUUAUUUGACAAUGGCUAUUUGUUGAAAUAUGAAAUAUUGUUUCUUCAACAAUGUUUUUAUCAACUGUUAUAGAUAGUAUGUAGGGGUUAUUCUGUAUUGCCGUGCAUAUAAUUAUAAAAGUUAUCAAAAAUAAAAUUAAGUUAUACUGUUCUUCCAUUUUCAAGACACGGGUUUGGUUUGAUUAACAUUUGUCUUUUUCGAUUAACCUAUUUUGUUGUAGAUAAGAAUAAUAUAUAUUGUGUAUCAGCGAAACUUCUACGGGAAGGGAGAGUCCAUCACCUUAUAAACGUUUCCUUUAUCUAUUUAUAUGGUUUCAUUAUACCAAAUAUAUGACGUCCUCAAUUUAUGUGUACACACACAAUUGACGUCAUCAUUGUAUACCAUUAAAUUUUGUUUCCCUUUUUCAUAUUGACAAAAUUAUAUAUGUUCAUUAAUUAUUCUGUAAUAUCGUUACAACUUCUUUGUUGACUAAUAAAAAUUUUGGAGUAUAA